AUGGUUAAAGCGUCGUUGAGGAAAUGUUCCCAUUGUGGGCACAAUGGAAACUGCUCCAGAACAUGCAAUGGCAAAGGGAUCAAAUUAUUUGGAGUAAAAAUCAAUGUGGUGGAAGAUGAUUAUGCAAACCGGCAAAAUGAAUCGAUUAGAAAGAGCAAAAGCAUGGGAAAUUUAGAGACAUGCAAUGGUGAAUGCAACGUGCCCGAUGAUGCUGAUGGUUAUGUCUCUGAUGGCCUCAUUCACGAGUCAUCUGGAGCCAAAACUGCCCACGAAAGAAGGAAAGGAAAGCCUUGGUCCGAGGAAGAACACCGAUCUUUCCUACUCGGAUUGGAAAAGCUUGGGAAAGGCGACUGGAAGGGAAUUUCGAAAAACUUUGUCCACAGCAGGACUCCAACUCAAGUGGCUAGCCAUGCACAGAAGUACUUUCUCAGAUUGAUGACAGCAACCGAAAGGAAGAAACGCCGAUCAAGCGUGUUCGACAUACCUCUCGACGAAAUGGCUUCAACUUCUAAACUGCCCUCUGCUUCAAACUCCCAUGAUGCUCCUAUUUCACCACAGGCAACCACCGCAGCGCAGGUUAAAACCUGUGAAAGACCCCCACUUUCACCCAGGGCUACAAGUCAUGCUGUUUCUGACUUGCACCGUCCACGAUACAUGUUUGGUGUUCGCGAUCAUGGGCAGGGGCUUCCAGCUUGCACGCCGCCGCCAAAUGUCUCAUUUCUCCCCAUCUGGAACUUCUCGAAUCAAAAGUUUGCCCCUUCUCCGACUACAGCUGCAAAAUAUACUCGUGGCCCUGCUGUAGCUCAACCACCCAGCGCUGCAUUUUCGCGGUUUCCUUCAUAUAUUCCACCCUUAACAGGCCCUGCAAAUGAAGCAGCUAUCAAGGAUGGACUUGAUCUCGGUGUUCAAGCUCUUACAUUAUAA